AUGGCGCGCGAGCGCGGCGACGAAGUUGGGGGAAGGCUCGUCGGCUCCGGGCUGCGGGCGGGCAGUGGGCGGCGCGAGGCGUGGCGCAGCGGCGUUGGGCUGGGUGCAAGGACGCCGGAGCAGCGGCUCCGGGAUGGUGGCGGUUCCGGGGCCUUCGCGCCCAGAUCCGAUGGGGAGGCGGGCCGUGGCGGCAGCCCGGCGGAUGCGGCGGCGCUCGGGCCGUGUGGAUGGUCGGGCGGCGGUGCGCGCGGCCCCUUGCCGUUGUGGGGUGCGGGGCUGGUUCGGCGUUUCGGCCUCGCUGGAUUCCGGAGGCUGGCGGCGCGGGGAUGCGCGGGCGGCGGCCCCGGCUUCGACGGCGGUGGUGGCAGGCUGGGUGUGGUGCGGCGCGGGCCGCGCGCCCGGCGUGCCCGGGGUGGCGCGGGCUUCGGAGGAGCUCUGCGGCGGCUCGCUGCGGAGCCUCCGGCGGCGCUCGGGCGUCGGCGGGCUGGUGCGGCCGGGGGCCGAUCUAGGCCCGGAGGGGGCUGA